UCACUGUUGGUGUGUCCGCGCUACCGCCAGGUCAGGAGUCCGCCGCUCCUCGCACGAACACUCGCAGCGUCAGCAGGACCAGACAGCGGGAAGCAAGCAGGCUCCAGGACCAUGAGGUGGCUCGUCAGCGGCGUGUGUGUGGCGGCGGUGCUGUCUGCGCAGCUGUGCUGGGGCGGACCCACGUCCAGGGACGGCGCCCUACUGCAGAGGUCGCUGCCGGAGCAGGACGCGCUGGAAGGACUGCCCCUGGUCGAGACGGAGGACCAGGGGAGCACACGCGACAGGAGGACGCUGAACCUCAUCAGGCAGUACUUCCCUGCGCUCGGCAGGAUAAUCGAUAGCAAAAUACAAAUGAUAACGAGGUGGGUGUUCCGAGUGGUCGGCCGCGUGGUGCUGCGCGCCGGGAUCUUGGGCGGCGGCGGUGGGGGCGGCGGGGGCGGCGGGGGCAACUCCUCCGGCUCCGGGGGCAGCCGCAGGGUGAGCAUCGUGCUGCCCACCUUCCCCCCCUCGGAGGACGAGGACGAGGACGAGCAGGGCACCGAGGUGCCGGCCACUUCCACUGACGCGGACCCGGGUGAGAACCAGCUCUCGGGGGCAGAGUCCCGGGUGUGGGAGGCGCGCGUGCCUCCCCCCGCCGGCUUCACGGACCUGCAGCCCGCAGCCAGCGGCGACGAGGCGCGCGCGGCGGCGCCGGACGACAACUUCGCCGAGGGCUCGGAGGACGCGGACGAAGCGCGCAACAAGCGCCUCACGAGCUUCGGCGGCGGCGCCGGCGGCGGCAGCGGCGGCGGCUCGGGCAACUUCAUCUUCGACAUCAUCCGGAGCACGGCGGACCGCGCGGCCAGAGCGGCCGGCACCGUGUACCGGCUGGUGGCGGGCACCGAGUCCCUGGGCCUAGGCCUGGGGACCUCCUCCUCCUCUGCCGUCACCCGCUCGCGGGCCAAUCAGACCACUACCGUCCGGACCAACAACACCACCACAUCCCGGGCGCUGGUGACGGGCAGCAGCAACACGGAGAACACGGACGAGGCGGGCGCCCAGGUGUCCGCGGGCGGCGAGGCGACCGUGGAGAAGGACGACGGCUACCAGGCGGGCGUGCCCGGCCCCGUCACCAGGCUCUUCAUCAUCGCCAACCGGGGCAUCGCCAACCUCGUGCAGGACCUCAUCCUGCGUCUGGCCCAGACGAGCGAGAGGAUAGUGAACUUCAAGGCACGCCUGCUCACCGCCAUCAUCUAGGCCGAGCUGCCGUUACCAUGGCGACCAAGGCCAGCCUCGUCCUAACCAUCACCUCGCCUGCAGUCCUCGACUCCCAGCGCCAACACCGCGCUCCAGCCUUGAGCGACCUGCGGUUGUCGUGGUGACCGCCGCUGGCAAGCCGUCACCCGUCACACCAUCACCACAACGACCACACACCCUGAUGACAGACGACAGCUGUCAUUCAGAGCGACCUGCGGUUGUCGUGGCGACCACCGCUGGCAAGCCAUCAACCGUCACCCAUCACCGUCAACUUGAAGACAAUCAUCCACCACAUCGACCACACACCCUGAUGACAGACGACAGCUGUCAUUCAAGAGAGACCUGACGUCGCCAUGACUACCACUGCUACCACUGCUGACAAGUCAUGCCAAGAGCAGUCACCUCGCCAUCUGUCAGCCAGCCUCACCACUGACACGCCAAGACGCUCUGCUGUCACGUGAUGUCCGCAUCGCCCACGUGACUGCAGUUUCGCUUCCACUGCGAGUGUAGUCUCUUCACGCCAAUUGUGCGUCAACUUGUAAAAGACUUCGGACAUUUUAAAAUAUUAGUUUUCCAACAGGUCACAUUGUGCAAAUUAAGUGUAAGACGUGAAGUGAUAACACCAUCUUACACAGUCAUCUUCAGGAAAUGACUUCUGGCUGUUUUUUUUUAGAACAGUCUGCAGCAUUCUAAAAUCAGGUAAUAAAUUAUCACAUAGCUAAGGUGUUAAAGUUUCUUUGAAAUGUAUCAUCUCAUAGUGUGAGUAAUAAUUUUAGAAUGUUUCAAAUCUGUAAAACUUAAAUAAUGGUUCACAUAAAGAAGUUGAAAUUGCAUUAAGAUACGAGAUUCUCUCAGUCAUCAAAAUUAUGAGAAAAAAAUGUUGUGUUUUAGAUAUUAAUUAAGUGUGCUCACAUUUGCCAUAAGAAAAAGUAAACUAUCAUUAUAUAAACAUGCAUAUAGUUUACGCAAUAAGAUUGCCUGUCUCGAUGAUGUGUGAUGGCUCGAAAUCAUUUGAUACUCAUUUUUUUACAUUAAAUCAAUCAUUGUAUUAACUAUGUUACAGUUUUGUAAUAUUUAUAUAAAAUAAAUAUUAAAAUCAUAUAUCUUUUCAUCGUAAGCUUUUACUUGUUUGAAGGGAAAAAAACUUUAAUUUUUAUUUAUUUGUGAGAAAUUGUUAAGUGUUUGCAACGUAAGUUGUAAAUAUGAAUAGAGCCCUUGCUUAAAACAAUUAGUUUGGAUUUUUUAUAAAAAUGUGUUAUAUUACGGUUUCACGUAAUGUGAUACGAUGCACAGGUUUGUAAUAUUUGUAAAUGCAUAACUUCACUAUUGAGGGUUACGAAACUAGUGUUGAUAAACACUGUAGUGUCGUCACAAUCUUCAAUUUUAGACAUUUUUCUGAUGACUUUGUAAAUAUGUUCAUGACUAUAUAAAUCAACUGUAAAUAUUGUAAGAAUAUAUAAAAAGUUAAAAUUUCCUUAUAGUUUUAAGCAUUUUUCUUUCCUUCGUGGUCUGUUGUGUCUUAAUAAUAAGACUGUACACUUAUAAUAAUUAAUUCAGAUACUUAUAUAGUAAUAUAUAAAUAAUUUUCAAAUAUAAAGUAAGUUUCAUGUUACGAAAUAACGUGAAGAAUCCCUUCUUUAUAAUAAUAACAAUUCAGAAAAUAUUUAUUUCAGUUUUAUGAGUAUAUUUCUACGAACAAUAAGUAAUCAUGGAUAUUUUGGUAAUGAGAUACACGGUAGAAAAUAGUGAUGACAAUAAACAAUUCGAGAGCUAAGCACAAACAAUGGUUAUAAACAAAGGGGUUCAGAGAAUAAUAUUAAACUUAUAAAACUCUUACCAUGGUGAUAUUUUUGUGUAAUAUUAUUUAUUCAAAACCAAGCCUAAUAAGCAGUGUGUAACAAAGUUUGAAACUAGUUGUAACAAAUUUUUGCAGAAUGAACAAUGUAAUGUAAAAAUGUUUUACAUACAUACUGCGUUUUGUGAAUAUGUAAUUUUUUCUCUUUUAUUUUUUAUAAAACGUAUUCAUGUACAAAACAUUGUUUCCUGUAAAAACCUGUAAUUUUUAUGCGCUUUGUUUACAAUAAAAUAGUAUACGAAAA